GUGUCUGCGACGUCGCCAGCCAACCAAACAAGUCGUGCUUGCACGCAAGGAGUUUGGGGGAAAACACAAACAAAACAAGCUGCACUGCUUGCUUGCGAAGCGCUGUCCUCACGGGCUUGCUCCAGCACACUCAGCCAUCGCCUUCCUCUCACACCCAUCCUUGUUCUCGUGUUCUUCCUGUGCUUUGCUGUCUCUCUUGUCGCCGUGCUGGCAGCAUGGUUCGCAGCGGGUUGGCGACGUUUGUGCUGCUGUUGGCAGCGGCGGGGCUUAUUACGCUGUUGUCGGCUCAGGCGGCGACUGCACAGCCGUUUUAUGCGGUGGUGGCCAGUGGCCAAACUCGCCCAGUGAAUGCCUUUGACGGCGACUCGCUUCUGUCAAAGCUCGUGGGCACAACGCAGGCGCUAUGCGAGGACGAGUGCACGCAACUGCCGGAAUGCGCAGGGUACUACUUCCUCACAAACCGCAGAGACCAGGUCGUGUGCCGUCUCUUGUCCACCGUCAGCGACGAGUUUGAGCCCACAGACAUCACAGGCAUAACAGGCUUGAAGCUCCUGACGACCACAACCACGACAACGUCCACGACCACGACGACGUCAACAACCACGAUGACCACGACCACAACGACGACGACGACGACGACCACGACCUCCACGACCACCACAAGUACAAGUACAACUACCACAACCACAACAAGUACAACUACCACAAGUACAACUACGACCACAAGUACAACUACCAGUUCAACCACAACAACCACCACGACUACCACAAGCACAACUACGACCACAAGUACAACUACGACCACAAGUACAACUACGACCACAAGUACAACUACGACCACAACAACAACAACCACCACGACUACCACAAGCACAGCCACAACAAGUACAACUACCAGUUCAACCACAACAACCACCACGACUACCACAAGCACAACUACGACCACAAGUACAACUACGACCACAAGUACAACUACGACCACAACAACAACAACCACAAGUACAACUGCAUCUACCACCACAAGUACAACCACAAGUACAACCACCGGUACCACCACUAUGACGACAACGACAACCACAACAACAACAACAACAACAACAACAACAACAACAACAACAACAACAACAACAACAACAACAACAACAACGACAACGACCACAAGUACCAUAACGACAAUGACGACUACCACAAGCAUGACUACCACAAGCAUGACUAUCACCACGACAACCACCAGUACAACCACCACGACAACCACCAGUACAACCACCACGACAACCACCAGUACAACCACCACGACAACCACCAGUACAACCACAAGUACAACCACAAGUACAACCACAAGUACAACUACAAGUACAACCACAACAACCACCACGACAACCACAAGCACAACUACAUCUACUACCACCACCACCACAAGCACAACAACCACAAGUACCAUAACGACAAUGACGACCACCACCACCACGACUACCACAAGCACGACGACGACCACGAGUACCAUAACGACGACAACAACCACCACGAGUACAACCACAAGUACAACUGCAUCUACCACCACAAGUACAACCACAACAACAACAACGACAACCACAAGUACAACUACGACCACAACAACCACCACGACAACCACCACGACAACCACCAGUACAACGACGACCACAACCACCACAACAACCACGAGUACAACAACAACAACAACAACAACAACAACAACAACAACAACAACAACAACAACAACAACAACAACAACAACAACAACAACAACAACAACAACAACAACAACAACAACAACAACCACCACCACCACCACGACUACCACAACUACCUCGACGACAACGACGACAACAAGUACCAUAACGACGACAACAACAACCACAAGUACAACUACGUCUACAACCACAACAACCACAAGUACAACUACAUCUACCACCACCACAACCACCACCACGACAACCACAAGUACAACUACAUCUACCACCACCACAACCACCACCACGACAACCAAAACUACCACGACUACCACGACCACCACAACCACCACCACGACAACCACAACUACCACCACCACGACCACGACCACUACCACAACCACAACCACAACCACAACAACCACAACCACAACCACAACCACAACAACAACGACGACGGUCAGCACAAUCACGAUUUCGCAACAAGCUCGUGCUCUCACGACACUCUGUUUGACAGCAAGUACGAAAGACAAUGUCAUCAGAGAAUGGCUGCAAUCUGGUGGUGGGCUAACAGCGACCACGACCUGCCAACGCAACGCAUCAGCAGUGACUGUGGAUGCAUUUUUGACGGAGGAAGACUUGAGCAGCAUCACGUGCGAGCAGACACAGGUGUUCUCGGUCCCGCUUCAGCUCAGCGAUGCGUGCGGGACCCUCCGCACGGCCAGCGCUGACUUGGUGCUCUGGGCUCCGUUGGCGUACUCCCGCUCGCCAUCAUCGGACGUGUGCGUUGGGUACAAGAUUGCUGGCUCCAGCACCCCUUGCACGUGCGCCUCGCUUGACUGCUACGCGUGUCUCGUGGACAGGCCCGACAUGUGCCUGCGCUGUCGCAACGGCAAGUAUGCCAUCAACGGCGCGUGCGCUGCUGCAUGCCCGGACCAUCUCCAGCCCAGGGGCAGCGGCGGCUACGGCAGAACGUGCAUGCCACCGCACGUGUGUACCGACGGUGUGACAGACCGCAACGCUGAGUGCACAUGUGAACCCGAAGAGUACGGCUGCCGCACGUGCAACAUCACCGUCUCCGCCAAUGACGACGAGGACGAUGACGGCGUCGCGUGUACCGCGUGCGAAGACACCCACUACCUCGUUCGCAGCCACUGCCAAACGGCCGCCACCUGCAGCGGCUAUCGCAUUGACGACUCUCCGACCAACGAGCCUUGCUCGUGCGACGACAGGGACUGCUAUCGCUGUGCCGUGACAAGGGAUGGCCCACCGCAGUGUUCGCGCUGCCGCAACGCCAAGUACUUCUACGACGGAGUGUGCCACGACGCGUGCCCAGUGGAGGAAGGGGUUGUCAACGCCUUGUUUGUCGGCAACUACGGGCGCGAUUGCCAGCCGCCGUUCACAUGCCGUUCGUACCGCGUGAUCACGCCUGGGCAUCCCCGCCAGGGCAAGGGGUGCCGAUGCAGCAACUGCUUCGAGUGCACGUUUGACGAGAACGGGGAACAGUGCACCCGCUGCCGCGACUCCCUCUACCUGCACGAUGGCAAGUGCAUCGAGGCCUGCCCGGCAAACACAACCGCCUACGGCAUUGGCGGGUAUGGGCGGGAGUGCCGUGCUCCAUUCCAAUGCACAGGCUCGCGCGACGCAGAUGGAAAUGCCUGCAGAUGUGGCGUUGAUUACCGCUGCUUUCAGUGCACGUGGCAAGCUGGAAAUGAGCCGACCACCGCUACGUGCUCCAUAUGCAGAUCGGGAUACCUGCACGAGGGCGUGUGCGUGCAGCGCUGCCCAGACGGGUUUGCACCAGACAGGACCUUCGGUAGUCCCUAUGGACGCGAAUGCGUGGCGGCCGAGUGAGAGGAGCUGGGGUGGGGAUUGACCAUCUUGACACCUCAAUGCACUGCUCACCCGGUCAGCACCCCUUCUUCCCUUCAAUCUGCUCGUGGUUGUUCCGCCUUGUUCAUUUUCUUCUGUGUUGUCCAGUGUCCAUCAGUCCGCCUCCAACACCUCUGCCUGUCAUUUUGUUACCUAGUUGAGGGCGCAGAGAGAAAAACAAAGCAUGCCACUUUGCAUGGUUCCCUGCCGCCCUUCCCGUUCUGUCGUUUCUUGAAUGUGACAUGUCCUGGUCCUCUCCUCGCCCUCUAUCUGCUCUCUGCUUCUUCGCCCCAACGCUCAUAGCACACCAUCUUGAAGUAGCUGGUCUUCGUUCGUGCGCGUUCUAAUGUUCCCGUGUUACUGUUACUGUGGGUUGGUCUCUUCCCAGCCUCAAGUGUUGUGUUGCAGCCACCAUUCCUUAACGUCUCCUCACACGACCUGACCCUUUCACCCAAAGCA